AUGUCGAAAGCCUCCCAACCCGAGCUCAAAAAGUUUAUGGACAAGAGGCUGUUUGUCAACCUGCAAGGCGGUCGCAAAGUCAGCGGGACAUUGCGAGGAUACGACCUUUUCUUGAAUCUUGUUCUGGAUGAUGCCACGGAGGAGACGGUCCCGGCGCAAAAACAUCCAAUUGGCACAGUGGUCAUCCGAGGUAACAGCGUAACAUCCAUGGAGACCUUGGAAGCCAUUCGGUAG